GAAAAGUCAUUUGCCAACCAUUGGCGAGACGUGCGAUUCUCGUGGCUGCCAAAUUCUUGGGGACUUCCGGCAGGGAGGAGUGCCAGGAGGAGUACCAGGAGGAGGUGCCGCUGGAGGAUCCCAGGCGGGGGAAUGUGUCGCGGUUUGUCAGCUUGGCGCGUCGCCCCAAUGAUGGAGUGCGGCAUUGUUGCAUUUUAAUUGAAAUUUCUUUGUGGACUUGGCGCGACAAAGCAGCAACAACAACAACCGCUAACGAGUGCACAGAAUGAUGGCAAAUAAAAGCAAACAAGCGAACAACAAACAACCAGAAACAUGGCGAAACACUGUGCCAAUGCCAAAGUGGCAAUACAUAAUAAUGAAUGAAUAAAGCGGGCAAAGCAAUAACACCAGCGGGAAUCUCUGUGACAUAUACCCUAGAAAUACUGUGGGGUAUGCUUACUAUUUCGAUGAUUUUCCGACAUUUCCCCAAGAUUCAUUCAUUUUAGAUUAUGUGUUUUACUGAAUAUCGCCCCAUUUUCCAACGGAAAUUAUGUUUAUUUGUGAUUGUGUAUUGUGGCAAUUUGAAAACACUUAACUUAUUUAAAAUUUAUUAAUAAUCGCAGCCAAAGCAGACCGCUUCAAGCACCUAGUUAGAUUAGAGCCCAAAUUACUUUGGUACACCUGUCCGUUUUGUGACGAUUCUAUUAGGUAUCGCUGUCGAAGUACUGAUUUAACAAUCGCCAGUGACAACUCGAAAGAUUGUUCAAUCAGGCAUUUUCAAUGUUAUUACCUAUCUAGUGACUAAUAUCAAGACUGAUUGUCGUUGGCGGUUCUUAUCACUGGCUAAUUCGCAUAUAAAGGGCUUCCUCAUUCGCUGACAAACCCCCAUAACACUUUAACUAGCAUGACGAACAAAGUGGUAGUGUUUCUACUGUGCGGAAUUGUGAUCAUCAGUGCCGGGAAUCCGAAUAGUGACGAUGUUAUACCGCAGUUUCGAAAUGUCAGGAAACUUAGGUCCUUGGGCAUCGAAUUUUCCGAAUACUUUCGAAAUAUUUCACUACAAGACUUAGGCGGCCUGGAGUCCCAGUUUUCGAGUGAAGAGGAUCAGCUGUGCUUCAGCGAUAUGAAGGCGCUGAUGACAGGACUUGGAAGUGCUGAGUACUGGGCGUUGAAGAUGAUCGAUGCCUGGGGCUCCAUUCCAUCGGGUCUACUCACCGGCAACUCGUACGACCUGGGAAACUUUGACGAGUGCCUCAACAUCAGAAAGGAGAUCAUCGGCCAGAAGAGAAGUAUUCAAGGGAAGUACUGCUUCCUCUCGGUAUCUCCUGCCAAAAUACUGGGGAUCGAAAGAAACAUCGGUAGCUUCAGUACAGCCACUUGCUUUCCUGCAUCCUGCUCGGCGGUCAACAUGAAUGCGUUUGUGGAUCAACUGAUGAAGAAGUUACUCAAUGUCAGUGUUCCCAGCUCAGCCAUGAGAAUCAGCGAGGGCAGCUGCCAGACCAGUGAUAGUGAGCCCUGGGAUGGACUCACCAUUUUUAUGAUAGUUAUUUUAUCCGUAAUGAGUUUCAUAGUGACAUUAUUUACUCUGUGGGACUACUUUCUAGUCAAAGAUCAGGCUCAGCUUCCGGCCAUUGUGAAGGUUUUUUCAGCUCGGGCCAAUUCUCGAGCCCUAUUUCGCGUUGUAGAAAGCCAUUCGAAUCCGAAUGUAAUCGACUGCCUUCAUGGAAUUCGCUGCAUGUCCCUGAUUUGGGUGAUUACCUGUCAUCAGUACUCAGUGACUCUUAUUUCGCCACACAUCAAUUUGUUCAGUGCCGCAAUGUGGGUGGGAAAACCUUUUGCCAGUUUUAUUCUGCAUGGCUUCAUAUCCGUGGACUCGUUUCUAGUGAUUGGCGGCUUGUUAGUGGCUCUGAUUCCAUUGCGAUUAAUGGAUAAGACGAAAGGCAAACUUAAUGUGCUAAUGAUGUAUUUACAUCGCUUAAUCCGCAUCGCUCCACUUCUGGCAAUGGCCAUAGUGGUCCACAUGAAGCUGAUGCCCUUGAUAUCAAGUGGACCACUCUUUGUAGGUGGUUACAUAGGAAACGCGGCUUGCAAGGCGGGUUGGUAUUGGACUUUGCUCUUCGUGAAUAACUACACAGAUGUCAUGUGCCUAGCUCAAUCCUGGUAUCUGUCGAUGGACAUGCAGCUGUACAUCAUCUCGCCGAUCCUGUUGAUCUCCCUCUACAAAUGGGGCAAGAAAGCAGCUGCUGGUAUCUUCAUUCUCAUAAUUUUACUUACCGCCUGUCUAUUUGCCACCCUGAUGGUCAAUGGAUAUACAAUGAUGAUCACGACUGCCUCUCCAGAAGCUAUGCGAGAUGGGUACUAUGCAACCCAUACUCAUGCUACACCCUGGCUGAUAGGAUUCCUCUUCGGAUACUUCCUGCAUCUGAACAGGGGGAAGAAGUUCCAGCUCAGCUGGGUGUCCGUGUGGUCAGGAUGGAUCCUCUGUCUGGCCAUGAUCUUCACAUCGAUCUUUGCCCUGUAUCCGCCGUCCAAGUGGUCUGGACCUGACGCGUCCACCUUGGCGGAGUCUUUAUACUACACUUUAACCAGAGUGGGCUGGGCUUUGGCCCUUUGCUGGGUGAUCUUCGCCUGCGUUCAGGGAUACGGAGGACUGGCCAAUAGUUUCCUCGCCUCUCCGCUAUGGCAACCACUCUCCAGGCUUUCGUAUUCCGUUUUUAUAUGGCACAUGUUCUUCAUGGAGAUGAACGCACGGAUUACCAGAACGAGCACUUACUUCUCAGAUUACGGAAUGAUGCUUAACUUCUGGUCGACCUUAGGGUUCACCUUGCUGUUUUCCUAUGCAUUGCAUCUGCUCAUUGAGGCACCAAUUGGCGGACUUGACAUUUUCCUGAGGCCAAAGGUAAAGAGCCCUCCUAUCAAACAACAGACAUCUCAUAUUGAUGAUAAGGAGUCUAGGGACCCAGAAAAACUACUGGAACCUACAACAUCAACUGUAGAUUAGUUAAAUAAUAACAUCCGGAUUCUGGUAACUAAGAUAACACAUUUCAUUUGAAUGCACCCAAGAAGGCUUCAAAUCAUAAGUGCCUUAUAAAAUCGGAGUAAUCUUCAACUUAAUGAAUCUAUUUUUAAUCAAGUAUAUUAUCACAUUGUGAUCGUCACUUGAAUCGUUUACUUACUUACUUGACUUGUUUAAUCGCAUUGAG